CAUGGCCUUGGACCAGCUACAUAUCGUCUUGACAACACACAUUUUCCGCCGGUGAUGUCUUGGAAAGGGUUAAGCCGCAGGAAUGCAACACUCAGGAAUGUGCAUGCAAAUAGAUUUAUGCUAAUUAUAUGCUAAUGUGCCGUUGGUUGGGAACGGAGACAAGUCUGUCUGUUCGGGGCUCUGUGUUCAGCUAGCUAGCUAGGAACUCAAGAUGGAGGACAGGGGUAUGGAUCUUUCCUGAGUUUCCCGUCGCUUUUAGUACUUUUUGAGUUUUUACCGUACUUAUGGCGGAACUUUUAGAACAUGAACGUGCCUAGAAAGGGAAAUGGCCAGCUGCCGUUACCCGACGGCUGGGAAGAAGCGAGGGACUUUGACGGCAAAGUGUUUUAUAUCGACCACAACACUAAACAAACCAGUUGGAUAGACCCGAGGGACAGGUUGACGAAGCCCCUGUCGUUCGCGGACUGCGUGGGGGACGAGUUGCCGUGGGGAUGGGAGGCGUCAUACGACCCUCAGAUUGGCAUCUACUACAUCGACCACAUCAACAAGUGUACCCAGCUGGAGGACCCCAGGGCGGAAUGGAGGAAGGAGCAGGAGAGGAUGCUGAAGGAGUACCUCACUGUGGCGCAGGAUGCCCUGGUGACCCAGAAGGAGCUGUACCAGGUCAAAGAGCAGCGGCUGGCCCUGGCCCUAGACCAGUAUACACGUCUCAACGACGCCUACAAGGACAAGUCAAGCUCCCGCACCAGCCUGUUCUCUGGGUCUUCGUCCAGCACCAAGUAUGACCCCGACAUCCUCAAGGCGGAGAUCUCCACCACCAAAGUCAGGGUCAACAAGCUGAAGAGGGAACUCUCCCAGAUGAAACAGGAGCUCCUUUACAAAGAACAGGGCUUUGAGACCUUGCAGCAGAUCGACCAAAAACUGUGCGGCGAGCAGAGCGGCUACCGCCUCAAAGAGGCCAAGGCAAUCGUAAUGGAGCUCAAGUCCCUCCGCAAGGCCAUCAGCUCCGGGGAGAAGGAGAAACAGGACCUAAUGCAGUCGCUGGCUAAACUAAAGGAGAGGUUCCACGCGGAACACAUCGGCCACUCUGAACCAGACCUACGGAACCCAGGGGGCUCCAGACAGAGGCUAGAAGCCGGCUCUCAGACCGAUGUCUCCGGAGAGGGUGGUUUAAGGAGUAGGUCAUCCUUGGCUGAGAAGGUCAGACUGAGUCUCCAGUAUGAAGAGGCCAAAAGAAGCAUGGCCAACGUCCAGGUGGAGCUGGCCAAGUUGGAGAGCGAGGCUUGGCCUGGGGCAGUGGACGUGGAGCGGGAACGCCUCCUCCUGGUGUCGGAGAAAGAGGAGCUCCUCAAGGAGCUGCAGUUCAUAUCCCUCCGGCAGCGCACCCCGCAAGACCUGCAGCGUCUGGAGGCCCAGAGGCUGCAGCUGGAGCAGGAGCUGCAGGCUGUCAGGAACACUCCCAGCCACGCCCUGGCCCAGAGGUUGAAGGUGCAGGAGAGGCGUUGGGUAUUGGUGCAGAGGCUGGAGGAGUCGACCCGACUGACAACACUGCUCCACUCUCAACUCAAGAGUCUGUCAGCCAGUACCCUGUCCGUUUCCUCGGGGAGCAGCCUGGGUUCCCUGGCCUCCAGCCGAGGUUCCCUCAACGCCUCCUCCCGGGGAUCCCUGAACUCGCUGUCCUCCGGAGACCUCUACUACACCCCGGCAGAACCCCCGUCCCCCCUCGACCUGGACUACCAGUGCAAACUGGACCUGCUCCUCCAGGAGCCCCUGACCCCAUCUGGGUUGACCUCCUCCGGGGUGACCUACAGGCGCGGCGACCCCCCCGGACCCAUCACCACCAUCCACGAGCACGAGGUGCCCGGCGCGGACCCGAACGGGGAGCGACGCCCCCACGGCGCCGGCGACCCGGUCCCGCCGCUCGCCUCCGCGUCCUCCAAGCCGUCCAAGUCGGUGACGUCGCUCUCGUCGAGGUCGUCGCUGUCCUCUCUCUCACCCCCGGGCUCGCCUCUGGCCCUGGAAGGGAUGGGCGCGUUCCCUCCGGCCGGCCCGCAGGACUUCGGGGCGGACGACGUCGGGCUGGUGGCGUCGGACUUCGCGGGCCUCGGCCUCUACGACGGCCGCGGCGGGUUCGAGCCGGAGACGGGGGAGAGGGACGGUGGAGGAGGGCGGGGGAAAGACGGGAGAGGGGUGCCGGCUCCCCUCAGAGAGAGUAUUACAGACGUGGACCUCCAGAGGACGGCCGAGGACAAGCCGGCCUGUGUGUCGGCGGCCGUUUCCGACGAGUCUGUUGCUGGGGAUAGCGGGGUGUACGAGGCUUCGAAUGUCAAGCGGUCGACGGAGGCUGACGAAGCGCUGGUGUACAUGGAGGAUGAGCUGGUUCUUCCUGAGACAGCCCAGGUUCAGAUCGGCCUGAAAUACGACGCUGCCAACUCCAGUUUCGUCAUGGUGAUCAUGCAGCUCCAGAACCCUGCCGCCCUUCUGGUCCCCAUCACCACCAGAGUCUACAUCCGGGUGGCGCUCCUCCCGUCCUCCAAUGACGUCAGCAGCCUUUUCAGGACCCGCGUGGUGCCCAUGACGCCGCCCGACAGCGUGACGUUCAACGAGGCGUUCAGGGCCGCCGUGCCUCACAGUGUCCUGCGGCACAAGACGCUCUGCAUCGACGCCUGCACCGUGGGGCCCGGGCGCGCCGACGACUGCCUGGCCGGAGCCCACGUCAGUCUGGCGGAGUUGCCGGGGAACGGAGAUAUGACCAGCGUGUGGUACAACCUACUGACCAGCGACAGGACCAGGGGGACCCAGGAGGGCGGCCAGGAAGGGCCCGGGCAGCACCUGACCGGACAGGUAGACAUGGACGCUGUGUCGGCCCUGCUCCGGAGGACCUCCAGCGAGCUGAAGGCUGUGCAACAGGAGCUGGCUCUGGAAGAGGAGGAGGGAGGCGGUCGCCUGGACGUGGAGGGACACCAGUGGCUAAGCAUGCUGGGAGAGGACAGCGCUCAACUCGUCUUGGGAGGAGAAAAUAUUUCUCCGGAGGCGGAGGGGAGUGGCGUGGGUGACUAUGAAAGAAAGAUGAAGGUAGAAGAGAGAGUCGAGGAGUGCGGAGAAGAGGUAGAACGGGAGGAAGAAGAGGAGAGGAGACAUGAAGAAGGACUCCCCCUUGCAAAUGAAGGACCAACGCUGGUGGACGCGGAGACCAACACUGAGACGUCCUGUGUAGCAGUGAGGCCUAAAGACAGGCCCGCUCUGGGACCAGGUCCCCGCAGCGCUCAGAGAGGCUUCGUGCGGAACAGCAUGAUCAUGAGGUCCCAGACCUUCUCUCCCGGGGAGCGCAACCAGUAUAUCUGCAGGUUGAACAGGAGUGAUAGUGACAGCUCUACAUUAUCCAAAAAGUGCCCGUUUGUCCGAAACGCCUCGGAGAGACGCAGCCUGAGAGUUAAAAGGACCCUAUACCAGCCGGGGGCGGUGGCACGGUGCGGCAGAGCCGGAGAGACCAGUGCCCGUACCUCCCUGGACUUGGAGCUGGCCCUCCAGGCGUCGCGGACCCGCCAGAGCCGCUUGAAUGACGAGCUGCAGGCCCUGAAGGACCUGAGGGCCCACCUGGAAGCUCUGAAGGCCCGGGGAGAGACGGAGCUGCCCGGGGCCGUGCUACACAACCAGAGGUUUCACCGUCUGCUGGAGCACGCAGAGAGACAGGCCGAACAGUCUAAAGAGCAGCAGCGCCAGGAGCAGCGGGCGGAGAAACUAAUGAGGAAGGCCUCCAGAGACGUGUGUCGACUGCGAGAACAGAGCCAGAAGGUCCCCCUGCAGGUCCAAUCCUUCAGGGAAAAGAUGGCCUACUUUACUCAAGCUAAGAUCAACAUACCAUCACUACCGGCGGACGACGUGUGACACCCUCACCCCCAGCGAAACAAUGAAGUAUUUCUCCCAACUUUUAUAGCAGAGUAUUUUAAUAGUGUAGUUACUUUGAAUAAAAAAAUAAUAAUAUCAAAUAGUUUGUACACUACAGUUUAUGCAUUUGUAUAAUAAGUUGUAAUUGAAUACUUUCUUGUAAAGAAACAAAACAGUGUCUUUCUUCUGUCAGGAGAAUGUUUUGGUACUUGUAUUCGAUGAGCUAUAUGUCUGUACAGUUUUGUUAUGUGUCGGAGAGUGAUGCGUGUGUGUAUGUGUGAGGGGAGGAGUGUGUUUGUGUGUGAGCGAGGAUGGCAUGUUUGUCUCCCUCUGGAACUGCACCCGAAGGGGUGCGGUAUGAUUGAGCGAGUCUCACGCCCAACCCCAUAUCAACCCCCCGAUGCACUUUGGGGGAUGGAAGGCUGACAGGUAGCCUAGCGGUUAACGCGUUGGGCCAGUAACCAAACGUUGGCUAGAUCAAAUCCCUGAGCUGACAAGGUGGAAGGCACUUAACCCAAAUCUCUCCAGGGUCACUGGUGACAAUGGCAGUCCCUGGCUGUGACCCGGAAAAGCACACGUCCAAUUCACACGUUAAUGGAUUUACAUGUGUGAAAAGGAACAGAUAUAAGCACCGAUCAGUUGAUAAUCUGAGCGCGUCAGGGGAGUGAUAUGGUGAUUAGUCCACUUUGCCUUUUGCUAGUCUAGAAUUUGGAAUUAGCUAGUCUGGACUUUCCACCAUAUUUCUUACAUGUAUUUAAUUCCCGUAAAUCUCCACAAUUGCAUAAGUGUUAGUGGCUUGGGGUUGAUUUGGGCACAAGGUGUGUGUGUGUGUGUGUGUGUGUGUGUGAGAAGGUGACCUAUUACAGUAUAGCAUGCCUUCUGUCCAAAGCGGCUGCUCCGCGUCUCUCGUUCAGCACAGAACCAACAUAAACCUUGUGAAUCGAAUGUUAAUCGCCUUUUCCGCUUCUGUUUCUGAGAUACUGCACUGAUACUCUUUCGUGUCUUUGUUUUCCACAGUGACCCAACGCUAAUUAUUAUUGCAUUCAAUGGGUACUGGCCUGGUUCUCAAUCAGUUUGUGCUGCCUUGACAUCCCCUGUGGUCUUUGUCGUUGACGACAAGGCUGCACAAAUCGAUCCAGGAGCGGGCUAUUAUGUAAAUCACUCUAACUUCAUUUGUACGAUCGGUUUUCCUUUCCCACCUUGUUUAACGGUUGAAGUAUUUAUUCAAGAUAUGAACAAAGAGACUGUUUUAUUGCAUUGGUUACAAUGCCUGUUGUUACAAAUAGGUUUUCUGGACUAGAACAAAGACAGUACAGAAAACAUACUGGGCCGCAGUCACGUCCAGCCAUCCAGUGUUUUAUGGGCAAGAAAUGGCACCUUAUGAUUCUACACAGGCCCGGGUCAAAAGGAGUGGACUGGAUAGAAAAUAGGAAACUAUUUCUGAUGUUGAAGCGAGCGUUUUUUUGUGUUCAUCAUAUACAUUAAAGCUAAAAUAUUCAGUAUG